UGAAAUGCACUGGCUGGCAAGAGAUUGAAAUCAGAACGUAUGAAUUAAUCCAUGAUAAGAGUUUCACGACAAGUAAGCACACCAGAGUUUUGCAAAUUGAAACAAUCAUCUAACAUAGAGACGUAAAUAAAGUGUUUCGUGAUAAUAAAGUAACUUGCGGAAUACAGUUAGGAAGAAUGAAGAUGUGGUGCUCGUGGAAAGUUCAUUUUUACGGCCUGCUCAUGUUAGGCCUUGUAAGUUGCCAAAAUGGCGAUGCUAAUCCGGUUGUCGAAGGGUCAGGAACGGGAUCUGGCGAAGAACAAAUUGCAACUACAACUUGGAUAUCGUCAACAAAAAGGCUUUCAACAACAGUUAAACCUGAAGAUACAACAACUGAUGCUGGUUCGGGUGAUGAUGAAGAUACUAAUACCACCAAAACUGUGACUCCGUUUACGACCACUGUAAGGCCAACAACUCGACCUACAGAUGACGAGGACGGCUCUGGAAGCGGCAGCGGUGUAAAUGAAAAAUAUACUCCAGAACCAGUUAUAACUGUAGCUGGUGUUACAACGACAUCACGACCAGAAGAUACCACUGAAUCAUCUGAUGAUGUUACAACUGAAUCAAGCACCGGAAUUUCUACUCGUCGAAAAAUUGAUAAGGACACGAAAAAAUUCACGCCGGGUACAACUAUGGAAACUACGACAACUGAAUCAAAUUUCAUCGAAAACGGGAUAUCAACUGCUGAACCAAAAACCGAAGGUGCGUCUCAGCCAUGGAAUGAAAUCGAAAUUAUCAAUUCGCCAACGACGAAAACCAACCAACCAACACGAUCGCGAACUACAACAGAAAUGUCGAAUUCCGCUGAUAAGAAGGACAAACGCACGAGAGGAGGGGAAAACGAAACAGAAGAUGACAUCAAUGGCAAUAUUGCAAAACAAGUGGGACGUGAAAAAGGUUCAGAUCCUUCUCUCUACAUUAAAAUUGGGAUUAUUGUCGGGGCCGUAUUGGGUGCUGUUCUGAUCGUUUAUAUUAUAGUCCUUUUGGUGCAUCGACUGCGAAAGAAAGAUGAAGGCAGUUACUCGCUAGAGGAACCAAUUACCGGAUAUGUUAAACAAGAGCCAGGUAGCCCAGUCAGUGGAAAGGAAUAUUUUGCAUGAAAACCCUUUUAAACCACAUAAAACACCCUCGUAUUGCAAACUGGAUUUGGUGAGUAAAAAGGCUAUUCACUCUUGCCAUCUGCUUUGUACCAACAGAUUGAUAUGGUUUUCACAUCCUUCUCAACUGUAAUCCCAAACUGUAUUUUAUAGAACGUGUCAUGUACUUAUAAAGCGGGUUGUGACAACAGAAGUUUGUGUUGUUAAUGUCGGAUAAUUCUUUUGAAUUUAUCAUAAUUUGUUCGAAAUAUUUUUGUAAUUACAUAUGUUGGUUAUAUUUUCAUUUAAUUUUAUAUACAUGGUAUCAGAAUCCAGUCAUAUCGGGAAUCACAUGGGAAACACAUUAUCAUUUUCUAAUAAUUUGAAAUUUACUUAUGAGUUUUUGCAGAUUAUAUUUAGGGUUUUAACUUUUUUGUAUCUUUAUUUUAAGACAAUUAUAUUGUUUUAACCCUUAUGUUUUUUGCUAUACUCUUUUUUGACUAAUUUUGUAACUUUUGUAUGGUACCUAGCAACAUAUGUAACAAUGGUUUCAUAUAUAGAAAAGAAGUAGAAAAAUUGCAGUUCAGGUAUGUCAAAAUUGUGAAUAUAACAUCCCCUCCCUUGAUCAUCCAAUUUCCCUUCAUGGUUGUGUCAGAAUAUCAUUUCCACGUUUCCAUAAAACUAUUUCAAAUUGUGUAUUUAUAUUAAAUAAAUACAAUUUCAGUGUUUAAAUACACUAAUGCUAGCUGUAGGAUCACAAACUCCCAUUUUCAGGGUUUCCUUAUUGUCGCAAAUCUGUCUAAGGGUCAAUGGAACUUCCAGAAAAGGGAUAAAAAUACUGAACUGACAUAUCCAGCAACCUCUCUGUUGACAAUCAAGCUGACACAAAUAAUCAUUAUGGGGUUACUUAUUUAUUUUAUCACUAUUUGUAUUGCAAACAAAGGAUUGGUCUAUAAUGUUUUUCAAGGGAUGACCCUGUGUAUUGACCCUGGGUAUUUACCCUGUUCCACCUUUUCUUUGGAAACAGGAGUGCUUAUGCAUGUUCUUUUGUACCUGUUGUUGUUGAUGUUGUUGUUUUAUAAGAGAGCCAAAAAGACCUCUCUUAUCUUUGAUUCUUAUGAAGCAUGUGGCUUUUAGCAACUUUACAUGUUGUGAAAAUGUUUUUUUCUCUGGUUUUUAGCCAAAAUGUUAUUGUGUUUUUUGACUAAAUUUAACCUGUCCAUUGUCCUUCUUAACAUCUUCUAUGCAUAUUUCUUUACUUUAUAAAUAUGUAUCCUUGUUAACUUUUCAGAUGAAAAUUCCAAUGUAAAAUAAAAGUGAAUUGGCUUUGUUUCUCUUUGGCUGUUUACUAUGAUUCUUUACAAUAAAAGCGACUCGGACAUAUCAUCAAUCUAUCUAUGUUUUAAAUGAUUCAGAUAACUAGUUUAGUAUUGCAGGAAAUUGUAUGUAUUCAUUUCUAAGCAUGCUACUUGUUUUUAUUCGUAAUUUUCACUAGAUAUCAGAGACAGAAUAUUUAUUACUCA